UCCAGCUUCGUUAACUUCGUUGAGUGCAUUUUCAUAAUUUAAAAUAUAAGUUCUAACGAGGUUGCCAGUCGCUUUUUCAGUAAAUUGACUUUUAUACGAAGAAAUACGGUGGACAUAUAAAGAUUUAUUAUAGCUUUGCAACCAUUGUAGGUAUAUGUCGAGCUCAAAAAAUAGAUUUAUAAGUUGAAGGAAUCCGAGGCUCCAAAUUAUUGAAUUUGUUCAUGUGAUCUACAGUUAUAUAAACCAUUUGAUAGUGAAAAAUGGCAGUGUAUGCUGUAGCAAUAGCAUUAGCUAUUUCUGCAGCUAUAGCUUUAUAUUUUAUAUAUGAUGAAUAUUCAACUGGACCGGUAAAUAACCAUCCACAUAGGCAUAAUUAUUACCAAUCACCAGAUCAGCAAUCAUUUGACGAUAGUGAAGAUAUAUGCUCAAUAUGUUGCAUGCCAUUGGUAAUUGAAAAUACGUUUAAAUUGAACUGUCACCACCUUUUUCAUAAGAAGUGCAUUGAAAAAUUUGUGCAACAUGCACAAAAACGACUUGUUCCACAAGUGUGUCCACUCUGCAGACAACCAUUCAAGUUUUGA